GACAGUCUGGCUAUGGACAUUCAAGCCGUGCUUUUCUCUUUGAGUCUCCUGCUCUCAGUCAUUGAAGUGUGGGGCUCCAAUGACGAGGGCUGGUCCAUGAAGGUUCCUCCUGAAGUGAGGGCCAUGGAGGGCUACCCCGUCGUGUUGCCCUGCUCCUUCACCCAUCCUCACCACACGCUGCACUCCUCCCUGAAGGUGCUGUGGCGUCUGGGCCACGGCCAGGGCUCCAGGGUCCUGUUCCAGUGCUCUAGCCCCAGCAGCACCAGCAGCUGCCAGCCAGGUCCUAAGCAGGACCAGCGUUACCGCCUGGAGGGGAUCCCCCGCCAGCAUGACCUCUCCCUGCGCAUCACCAAUGCCGCCCUGCAGGACAUUGGCCGCUACUACUGCUGUGUAGAGGUGCCCGGCCACGCCCAUGCCAGCUACGAGGACAAAAUGGGCACCAGGCUCCGAGUGGAAGCGGCCCCACGUAUCUUGGGCCUGUCUGUGGAGGGCAGCGAGGACUCUGGCUACAAGGCUCUGUGUCGUGUCCAGGGAUCCCCACUCCCUGAUAUCCAGUGGCUUAGCCAGGAUGAGCUCCUGGAGGAGGCCUCCCUUUCUCCGCUGUCCCAGGACGCUCCUGAAGAGCACCACACCACCAGCCAGCUGCUGGAUGUCCACCCUGGGCAGCAGUACACCUGCAGUGCGUCCAAUCCCCUGGGGAAAGAGCAGGCCACCCUGUACGUGCUGUCUCCCAGGCCCCCGCCUGCUGGGCAGGGCCCCCCGCUGCUGCUGCUGCUCUCAGUCUCCCUGGGGGCAAAGCUCCUCCUGCUCUUGGGGACGGGGACCUGGAUGUUGCUGGGGGGCUUAGAUACUGCUGGCUGAAAUGAGGCACAUGUACGCCCACACAGAUGUAAACUGGGAACGAAACGUUGCUUUCCCUCCUAACCAUGCGUCUUUAUGAACUAAACUCAAUA